AUGGACUUUUUGAAGUUCUUUCUUAAUGCACUAGUUGCACAUGACUCCGGAAACAAAGUAAGGACGGACACCCGUGAGCAUGGUGGUGCCUAUCUAGGCACUUCAACAAACCUGAAUCGAGAGAUUCUCUAUGAAGGCUUCAUAUCUAUAGACUCGAUGGUGUUCAUUUCAGAGAUGAAUCAGUUCAGUAGGGAGCUGUUGGAGGAAUUCAUUAGGAAAACCGUAUUUGUUGCGAAGGAACUUCUGUUUGAGGAUCCUUCGGCCUUCAACCGGUUCAACAGCUGUCUGGAAAAGUCUGACUACACCGAAGAAAAGCUAAGGAAUGCCCUAGAACUGCGGAACCAGUAUUUCAACAGCGAUAAAUCGAUGAUAGGGAAGGAGCUGUCUAUGGAGAAGUACAAGGCACUUAUCUCUAGAACCAAUGGAAAGCUCCCAAGGCUGCACUAUGAAGACAAGGAUGAAGAAUACCUUCGAAUGAUGGAAAGACUUAUAAAUUCCAAGCACGAGGAUGACGGAAUACAUAAAGCGAUCAGAAGAGAGACGGCUGAGUUCUAUAGCGAUAGGGCCGAAAUUCCGAAAUCGCUUGUGCUUGACUCCAGAAUAAGCCUCAGCAUCGGAGGAUCGGUGUUUGCUCCCGGAAUUCUGGUGGAUUUGAUCAAGAAACUGAAUGUUCCAAACAUAUCUGAACUGAUUAAUAGAAUGAUUCCAAGGCUCCUUGCUCCGUCUGAAGAGCUUAUAUCCAGGAUGCAUCUGAAGUCGUUUACAGAAAAGAAGUCCCUAGUAGUAGAUUUUCUUUACAGCUGUCUGGAGCGAAGGGACGGCCCGUUCAAGGAAAAGAUAGAUAGGGCUUUUGAAGAGAGGACAAAGAUACUGGAGAUCUACUUAAAAGGGGAUCCAAGGGCACAGCAGAAGCUGCAAGUACUUGACAAACUCCAAGAGGAUGAAAUUAACAAGCUGAUAUUUGUAUUUAGGAAUGUUGAAGAGGAUGGUUUGGUUUUCAGGAUAGAUAGACCUGUAGUUGAGGCGUAUAUCAGUCUGCUUGAAGAUGCCCAGAGGCCUGCAAAGGAGGCCUUAUAUAAUCUGUUUAUGGAAUAA